GGGGCGGGGCGGCGUCAUGUGGGCCGCCACACCGGGAAGCGCUGAGCCGAGCUGGGAAGGACGAUGGCGGACUGGGGCUGGGCGCUCUUGUCGCCCGCCGCGCUGCUCGUCCUGGCGCAGCUGGUCUGGGCGCCGGACCCGUAUGGAGAAGAAUGCAGGAGUAAAACAUACCCUCCUUCAGGACCAACGUUCAAAGGGAAUAUACCGACGUAUGUCAUAAAUCUUGAUUUACCUCCCAGCAAAAGAUGGGAUAACUUGAUGCAUGACAAAAAGACAGAGCUGAAGAUUGUGGUCCAGAAUAUUAAAGACAUAGCAAAUACCUUCUUCCCUAGUGGCAAAGUUAUUGACAUAGUGGAUCACAAAAUAGCUCAUCUGACUGCCACGCUUCCUUAUCCUUUCAAUGAAGAACUCCAAGGGAUUGCAAAUUCAUCUGGGAUUCCAUUGGGGGAAAUUGUUAUUUUUAACAUCUUCUAUGAAAUUUUUACUGUAUGUACAUCCAUAGUGGCAGAAGAUAAAACAGGGAAGCUAUACCAUGCCAGAAACUUGGAUUUUGGACUGUUUCUUGGGUGGGAUGUUAAGAAUAACUCCUGGACUAUAACUCGGGAACUGAAGCCUCUGGUGAUAAAUUUGGACUUCCAGAGAAACAACAAAACCGUAUUUAAGUCUACAAAUUUUGCAGGAUACAUAGGCAUGGUGUCUGGAGUAAAACCAGACUUGUUCACUCUGACAAUGAAUGAGCGUUUCAGUCUCGAUGGCGGUUAUAUUGGAAUCUUCGAAUGGUUUCUUGGUAGAAGAGAUGGUAUGUGGAUGGGCUUUCUCACCAGAACAGUAUUAGAGAAUGCUACAAGUUACCAAGAUGCAAAAGACAGACUGGCCAAAACGAGACUGCUGGCUCCAGCUUACUUUAUACUAGGUGGAAAAAAUUCUGGAGAGGGAUGUGUGAUAACUCGUUCCAGGACAGCAGCACUGGAUAUCUGGGACCUUGAUAUCAAGAGAGGCACCUGGUAUGUGAUAGAGACAAACUAUGAUCGCUGGAAGCCUCCUCUCAUCUUGGAUAAUCGUAGAACACCUGCAAUGAAAUGCCUGAACCAGACAAUGCAAGAGAACAUCUCCUUACCAACCAUUUAUGAUGUUCUCUCCACAAAGCCUGUUCUCAAUAAGCUGACUGUGUGCACAACGCUGAUGGAGGUGUACAAGGGCCAUACAGAGACUUACCUGCGGGAGUGCCCAGAUCCCUGUAGUCCUUGGUAGUUGUGUACCUUUCUUGCAUUGGAAGCUGCUUGUCUGAAUUGGAAAUCCUCCAAGAAAAAGUACUUCUGGAAAAAGAUUCUUCAGUCUAACUCCUUUCUUCAGAAAUCUAAUGGCUAAACAGAAAUGUCAAUGAGCUUCUAACAGUGGAGGACCCUAUCUCAGAGUGGACUUUCUUGCUUUCUGAUCAGCAGUUCUGCUGACAAGAAAUGUGUACUAAUGAAUGUCUGGUUUGAUUUCAGUCAGUUCUGCCAAAUCAGUUCAGCAGUUAGCUCUAGAUCUCUUCGGUCUUGAUAGCAUUCCUGGUUUGGUUUGUUGUUGGAAUUUUUGUUGUUUGGUUGGGUCUUUAUAGAUAAAAUAUUUCUAAAGCACACAUGAGGUAAAAUGGCACUUAACCAAGCCUGAAAAAGACCUGAGUAUAAGAAGACAGUCUAGGACAGUACAGUUCUGUUAUUCUUUCCUAAGCACUUAAGGCAAAUUGCUAAUAUUCUGGUCCAGUGUGAGGAUGUAUCUAAAAUACUUUGUUACCACCAACUGUCAAAUCCAGAUGCAGAAACAAGGUCUUGGAGAAAUAUCUAAAAUGAGAUCUAAGCGAAAAAAGAUGAACAGAUUCUUUGCUGAAGCUCACUCCUGGCCUGUUAACAAAUUAUUUUUAAUAUGGAUUUUUUCUGUUGUCUCAAAAAAAAAAUAAAUACUAAUACAGUAA